GAAAGAAAAGUAGGGUCAAGGUUCAAGUACCGUCGAGUAUGAGUUCUAGUCAAGAAUGGAUAUGGAUAAGAUAAAGAGAAGAAAACCAUUGAUAAGUAGUUCUAUUAAAUCCACGGAUCUUCAAGAAGUGAAAUCUGAUUAUAAGUCAUUUUGGUCAGCAAGUUGCUGUGCAAACUGUAUGAUUCUACACAUCUUGGCUGUUCUGGUUCUUUUGUUCAUCCUUCCAGCUCCUAUAGAGCCAAGACCCUUUCAUUUCUCGACAGAAGAUUGUCCCAUUUUUUCUGGCUGCCUUUCUGUCAAUGAUCGAUUGAAGAAAUCCGAAAGACUGUUUGAGAACGAAAUUGUGGGUCCUGAAGCACUAACACUUGAUAAUGAAGGCAGUGUUUAUACUGGCCUGGCAGAUGGCCGCCUUAUUCGACUCAGUAAAGACCUAUCGUCCUUCUACAAUGUAACAUGGACAGGAAAUCAUCGUCAAGUGGACUGUGGCUCUGAAAAGACUGAGAAUCAAUGUGGAAGGCCUUUGGGUAUGCAGUUCCACCACCGUCUUAAACACCUUUUGUACAUUGCUGAUAGUAGUAUUGGUUUGGUCAGUUACAAUACAAAAACAACUGAACUGAAGGUUUUAUUGCGAUCUGGAUCUGAAGUCAGCGGUAGCCCAAUUAUUUUUCUGAAUGAUUUGGUUGUUCUGAGAAAUGACACUAUUAUCAUCAGUCAGAGCUCAUGCAAAUACACACGAGCUGAGAAUAGAUAUGAAGUGCUUGAAGGAAAGGCCAAUGGUCGAUUGUUAUACUAUAAUUUGUUGGAUGAUUCAUACGGUGUGCUUCUUGAUGAACUUUACUUUUCUAAUGGUAUUUGUCUCAGUUUUGAUGAGAGCAGUGUGCUGGUAGUUGAAACUACAAGAGCUAGGAUUUUUAAGUACCACUUGAUGGGAAAUCAUGCUGGUGAAACUGAGAUGUUUGUUGAUAAUCUACCAGGUCUACCUGACAAUAUCUCACCAAGUUCUACCGGUGGUUAUUGGGUAGGAAUUGCUGCCGUACGUACAUCUGCCUUGGAAUUCAUGGCCAGGACACCCAUUUUCCGGAAAUUUCUUUCCAAGUGGCUGUUCAUGGUUACGCUACUGGAGAUGGUACUGCCCCAGCAUAGUAUGAUACUGGAACUCUCUGCUAAUGGUACUAUAGUUCAAAGCCUUCAUGAUUAUGGUGGCGAUGUCACUCGGGCUACUUCUCAUGUUCUUGACUUGGGCGAUAAACUACUCAUUGGUUCCUAUUCAGCUCCCUUCCUAUUGAAUUUACAACUGUGAUAUUUUUUAUUUAUCUUUAUGAUAAGCUUGUUAAUGUCAUUACGUGUGCAA